AUGUUGCUCUCCGGGGCCACCAUCGCCGCGGCGUCGUGCGCGCUGCCCUCGACCUACACAUGGGAAUCGACGGAUUCGCUCGCGACGCCCAAGUCGGGCUGGGUAUCGCUCAAGGACUUCAGCCACGUCUUGUACAACGGCCAGCAUCUCGUGUACGGUUCCGAUGUCAACACCGCGGGUUCAUAUGGCUCCAUGAAUUUUGCGCUCUUCUCCGAGUGGUCGGAAAUGGCCUCGGCCACGCAAACCGCCAUGAACACCGGCGCCGUGGCCCCCAACCUCUUUUACUUUACGCCGAAGAGCAUCUGGGUGCUCGGCUACGAAUGGGGCGCCACGGCCUUCGUGUACAUGACCUCGAGCGAUCCGACCAACGCGGACGGAUGGUCAUCGCCGCAGGCCCUUUUCUCCGGGAGCAUUGGCGGCAGCACCGGCCCCAUCGACCCGGCGAUGAUCAGCGACGGGACGAACAUGUACCUGUUCUUUGCUGGCGACAACGGGAGUAUCUACCGGUCGAGCAUGCCGAUCGGGGACUUUCCCGCCAGUUUCGGAACAUCCUACACGACCGUGAUGAGCGCCGCGACCGACGAUCUCUUCGAGGCCGUCCAGGUGUACACGGUGGCGGGCCAGAACCAAUACCUCAUGAUCGUCGAGUGCAUCGGCACUGUUGGGCGAUAUUUCCGGUCGUUUACGGCCACCAGUCUGAGCGGUUCGUGGACCGCCCAAGCGGCCACCGAAAGCAAUCCCUUUGCCGGCAAGGCCAACAGCGGCGCCACAUGGACAAACGAUAUCAGCUCCGGCGACCUCAUCCGCAGCACGAACGACGAAACAAUGACCAUCGACGCCUGCAACUUGCAAUUCCUCUACCAGGGCCUACCCAUCGGGUCCAGCGAGAGCUACAAUCUCUUACCGUGGACGCCCGGCGUGCUCACUCUCGUCAAUUAA